CUGAUUUGACCAUAUGAUGCUCAUGUGUUGAUGUUUGUGGCUUAUGUACAGUAAAGUACAGUAAACAUGAUUAAAGAUGGACACAGGUUACAGAUGGAUGGCUUGUUCUAAGCCACAGGGAAGUAAAUAACAGUCUUUUUGGAUGCAGAUUUGAAUGUGAAUUGACAUUGUCUUAUUAUUUGUAGGAUAUAGGCGUAUAUUACGUAUACAGUACUAUUGUUACUUACAUUACUGACAUGAAUGACUCUUCAAAUCAUGCAUUUUGGUGAGUAGAGGCAUGCUGUUACUUUUAUAAGAACUGAUUGAUUUAAUUAUUUAUGUCUGUCUCUGUCUGUUGGACAACAGUACAGAUGAAAAUCUCCUAUUCGUUUUUUUUACACAACACAUUUGCGACUAGAGAGCAGCCUUGAGGACAUUAGGGCGAUAAUGGCUAAAAUAUCAUAUCAAGAUUUAAAUUUUUUAUUUUCAAUACAUUAUCAUGAUUCUUUGUCAUGUUGGUAUAACUAUAUUGCAAGGUAUUCGGCCAAUCACAACACACUGGAGCGCUGGCCAAUCAGAGCACACCUUGCUUUUCAGAGUGAUGAGCUUUGUAAAAAUCAAAGCGUUUCAGAAGGCGGGGCUUAGAGGAGAAACGAUAUCAUAUGUGGAAAAUGUGUUAAACCACUUAAACACCAAUAAUACACAAAAUAAUGUUAUUAUUUAGCAACGUUAUAUGACCCCUUUAGUAGUUCCUUUCUAGGAAUUGCUUUGUAGAUAAUAAUUUCCAUUAUGUGGCUCCACCUGCGUUACAAAGCCAGUGUUCAUGAAGAUGAAGCGUGUAAUUAUUGGGACACUUUGGCCUCCUUUCCAUCUCCAAGAGAAGUUUUCCCGUCCUUUCGAAUUCUUUUGAACAGAUUUAAUCCCUGCAAUAUAAAACACAGGAGAGGAGAGCCGGACCAUCCCAUUAUCUCUUGGUCGUCCAUGAAGCAUAGUGUCAAAAGAGCAGGAAUGCAGAGCCUGUGGUAUACAGAGCUGCUGACCGCGGCGGCUUCAGGUUCACUACAGGACCCAGCGCUUGUAUUUACAAAGCAUUUCUGUAGGGGAGUGUGAUUCAGGAUAGGAUUUCCUUCUCUGUGUUUAAUGUCCACUUUGUGCAAGAAUCCUACACUGAUCCUGACAUUGAGGAUCAGUUGAGUAAAUGAGCAUAACAUUACUGUGUGCAUUAGUGUCAGCACUAAUAUAGUUAUUGUUCUUGAUCUUAAACUUUAAAAUAGUGUUAACUCCAGUGUCAAAACUUGAUUUCUUGUUAUUUGAACUGAAUCACAAUCUCACUUCUCAGUGUGACUUGGUUUGUAAUUUAAACACUAUUCCCAAUAGCUGUUUUUACUCUGAGGAUAAUAGGAGAAUUCUCUCUAAUGAUCUUUAAGUUUGCUUUAAGUAAUGUAAUUGUUUUUGUGUGAAAUGCGACAUGCUCAUUCUUCUCUUACUUAACCUUUUUAUUCCUCACACAGACAGAAAGCAAACAAACAUUUUUAUUUCGUGAAGGGUGAAAUGAUCUGUGUUUAGCCGAGCGUGAUGACCAUUAUUACAGUGAGUGAAUGAGUGUUGUUUUGCGAUGGAGGUUUGCAGGUUAAUGUGAGAGAAGCGGUCAUGGUGAUGUGCUUCAGUGCUUCUCUAUCAUCACACAGGACUCGUGGGACAGAGCUCUGGGGAUCACAAACACCUCCUCUGCUGUGCCCAGGGUUAAUAUCUUAUGAUAAAACUACAUGUGCUGGACCCGCAGCGUUCCAGUGGGUUUUAAUUAUGAAGCGUAUGAUGUGACGCAGAUGUUCUGUGCUGACAAUAUCGUUUUUUGAAAUGAGUCGGUGUAUGACCUGCUCCCUAAAGAGCUGCAGUUGCCCUCGAUCGUGCAGCAGGACAGUCCCAGCAUGAGCCAGAAGAGCGGAGGAGAGGCCGGACCCCCUCCUCCGGCGGCCCUGGCCUCAGAUGCCGCUGCCACUUGCGCCGCUGCCUCCUCCCCUGGAGGACUCAGCAGUACACUUCCUUCCUGUCCCAGCAUGCUCUCUGCUACCUCAGCCCCAGAGCAGGCUUCCAGGCUCCACAGCGGUCCUGCCGCAGAGGGGAUGCCAGAGAGGAUGGGUGUGGAGCCUGGAUCAGUGGUGUCUGUCAGUGCGGUGGAUACUGUCGGAGCCACACAGAGCCAGGCGACCCCCUCGAAGCGGCGGACCGUCCUGAGCAUCUCGCCCCCUCCAGAAGACCUGCUGGAUGACAGUCGCAUGUCCUGCCAGGAUGAUGUGCUUCCCAACCAGGACUCGGAGCAGAGCAGCAGUAUGUGGAUGGACGACUCUGUGUCCAACUUCAGCGUGGGCAGCAGCAGUUCAUACAACGACAAUACUGAAGUGCCCAGAAAGUCCCGGAAGAGAACUCCUCGCCAGCGGCCGGGGCCAAAGCCUGCGGCCCGGGAAGAAACCGGCAUGGACGUGUUUGAUGCAGACAGCGCUAAAGCGCCGCACUUUGUUCUUUCACAACUGGGUUCAGACACCAAAGUCACACCCAAAGUGAGCUCCAUGGAAGGCUCAAACAAUCAGAAGGGGGGCAUUCUUUCCAUUCAAUACCCUCAGAAGAGCGAAGGGAAGGAGCUGAAGAUCUUGAUUCAGCCGGAGACGCAGCACAGAGCACGAUACCUGACGGAGGGAAGUAGGGGAUCCGUCAAAGACCGUACACAGCAAGGAUUUCCUACAAUCAAAUUAGAGGGAGUCAGUGAACCAGUGGUGCUCCAAGUGUUUGUGGCUAAUGACGCUGGACGUGUGAAGCCUCAUGGGUUUUAUCAAGCCUGCAGAGUGACGGGCCGCAACACAACGGCCUGUAAGGAAGUGGAUAUCGAAGGGACCACAGUUAUUGAAGUGAACCUUGAGCUGACCAACUCUAUGACUCUAGCCGUGGACUGUGUUGGCAUCUUGAAGCUGAGGAAUGCCGAUGUUGAAGCUCGUAUAGGGGUUGCUGGCUCCAAAAAGAAGAGCACUCGAGCUCGGUUGGCCUUCAGAGUCAACAUCCCAAGACCUGAUGGAUCUGUCCUAACUCUUCAGGCCCUCUCUUCUCCUAUCUUAUGUACUCAACCAGCCGGAGUGCCUGAAAUCCUUAAGAAGAGUCUUCACAGUGGCUCUGUCGCAGGGGGAGAGGAAGUCUUUAUCAUCGGAAAGAACUUUCUCAAAGGAACCAAAGUUCUUUUUCAGGAAAAUUCUACAGAUGAAAGUGGCUGGCAGGCCGAAGCAGAAAUUGACAUGGAACUUUUUCAUCAGAAUCAUCUAGUGGUGAAGGUCCCCCCAUAUCAUGACCAGACAGUGACCUCCCCGGUGUCCGUUGGGAUUGCUGUAGUGACAAACGCAGGGAAAACGCAUGAUCUACAGCCUUUUAUCUACACUCCUCUAACAGAGAAGGUUGAAAUACCAGUGAAAUCAGAACUGCCAGUCACAGCCAAGGCUUGUACCUUUGAAGAGCAGAUAAAAGCAAUGCAAACUGAGGCCAGUUGUCUAAACAAUGUCUUAAUGUUACCUAUGGUCAAACGAGAAGAACCUAUGGAAGUUUCCUGUAAUGCAGCACCUUCAGACAUUUUUAAGCCUGUAGAGGCCCUUAGUUCAACCCAACAAAUCUUGGAGAUAAGUACUGUCCUUCCCGCUGCCACCGAGUCUUUUCCAAGUCCUGCGGCUCUUCAACCCGUUGACUCACAACAGCCAUCAGCUCAAAUAUUUACGACUCAAGAAACUUUAUCCACCAUACAGAAGCAGGACAUACCUUCACCUGCAUCGUUCCAAGUAUCCUUGUCGGAAGACACAACAGUUCUCCAGCCUGUUCCCCCUCAGGUCCCUCAACAGUUCUUGCGGGAAACCCCAGAAACGUUGUCUCCAGAGGAUAACGGUGCAGAUGACAGUGGAAUGGUAUUGUUGGGCAUAGACUCUCGGAAUCCUCCAUCCCAGCGUUCAGACAGAGUUCAGACUCUUCUGCCCCAGGAUGGUGUUGCACAGCUAGAGAGAGCAGUAAGAGAGCUGCAAGCACAACAACAGCUAAAUUCUGUACUUUAUAGCCCGACACCAUCUGCAGAGAUCCUUCAGCAACACGUCCAGGAAAACAUGAACAGUUUAAGGUUGGGUGGAAAUGAGACAACCCUAACAAACCAGCUACAGCAGAAGCAAGAGCAGAAUAUAUUGGAGAAUCUGCAGCAUCAGCAACAGAAAGCACUUGUGGAUCUACAACAUCAACAGACAGUCCUUGAAAAUUUGCAGCAGCAUCAGAAGGUCUUGGAAAAUCUCCAGCAACAGGCUCUUGGCAGCAUUCAGCAGCAGCAGCAGACACACAAAGUUUUGGAGAAUCUGCAGCAUCAACAGCAGCACCACCAGAAUGUCCUGGAAAACAUUCAGCAGCAAAGUUCCAUAGUGACUCUGCAGCACCAAAAAGUUCUUGAUAAUCUGCAACAGCAGCAACAGCAUCAGAAAAAUUUACAAACUCUUCAGCAUCAGGAAGUAAUCGAGAACCUAAAGCAACAAUUGCAGUCGGAGCUCUUGCAGACACAGAUUCCAAUGCAGUGCACACCUAGCUUCUCUAGCGAACAGCAAAGCUCCACACAGACUAAUACUCUAUCGCAACCCUCCGAAGGCUUCCUCCAGAACCCACCCCAGCAGCAGUUGCAGCAGCAAACUCUUUUCCAACAGACAGGUGGUCUUAUGACCAUUCAGACAUCAAGCUUUCUGCAGCAGCCAUCCUCUCAACCCUCACCUCCACAACCACUUUUUCAAACUCAUAACCCCUUGACUGAAACACAAGACUCGCAGACAGUACUCUUUGGAACCACAAAGUCACCACAAGUCCAAGCAACUUUAUUCCCUGGUACCAUGACAAUGCUAACAAGCACCAAUCUACCUACAGAUCAGCAGGCUCCUUCAACUAGCCUGUUUAUAGCGCAGAGUGUGUUGCCUAGCCAGCUAUCAUCAGACAAUAACCUGAACCAGCAGCAGCAACAGAUAGCUUUCCUCACACCCAUGCAGACAUCUGGAACAGAAGCUCAGGCUGUCUCACUAUUUCAGGGACAAGCACAGUUGUCCACCCUAAUGGAACAACAGCAGUCUCCCCAACAACAACAGAUGCCAACACCCCAACAGGCCACUCUUUUUCCAAAUAUUGCCACAAUAUCCCCAAACCAAGCACAGCCACCAACACAGACAGGCAUAUUGUUCUGUACCACAACCAUUAAUCCGCAUGAUCUGCCCCAGGCUCUGCUGUUCAGUGGCCAGAACCAAGCUUCACUAGCAAGUGACCGUCUCCCAGAGAAUAUCUUUCAGGAGCAGCAACCCAUGCAAGUUGUUCCCAGCUCUGAAAAUGUUACUGUGAACAACACUUCAAACCAACCCACUGCCUCAGCAGCCCAGCCAACUCCGAAUACACCAAUUAUUUUUCCACAAGCCAGUGUUGUAAGUGUUUCCCAACAAGACUCGGCAGAGCCCAUGUCUUUUCAAGACCAGAGCACCGUUGUGAGUGACUCGUCUGCCAGUAUGCCUUCAACACGGACAGAACUUUUUCAGGACCAGCAACCUAUGCAGGUUGUCCCCAGUGCCACCAGCGUAACCCCUGUCUCUCCUACGGACCAACCUUCUGUCAACAUUUUUUUGCCUCAGUCAGCAAUUUCGGCCCUGCAAGGUGGUGUAAGUGCUCAAGAGUUACCUACAACUGGCACAGCAGCCACCAUCUUUAGUGGACAGAGUGGUAUGGCGGGUGGCAGUCUCCAGAACACCACAUCUUCCGCCCCUCAGCAAACUCCCAGUCAACUCUUUCAGACAGCUAUUGGGGGAACUCUCAGCCAACCUGGACAGCCAGGACAAGCAGGACUUUUUCUUUUUGAGAUUCCCAGUGUAGAAUGUGGACCGCUAAUGAAUUCUCCUGGUCCGUCAUUGUCAGAUCAGCUCGUCACCAUGGGCCAUCCUGGUUCUGAUCAGACCCAGCUUCAAACUAGUGCACAGAUUCACCCCUUACUGGACCAGUCCAACAACCUUGAUGAUAAGAUUGACGAACUUCUGGAACGUUUUCAGGAGCAGGGAAAGACGCUUCCUAGGGAUUUCUUGGACCAUUAAAGAUUAGUAGUCUGAAACCUCAAUCCAGAAGACCACCGUCCACACUGCUUGUUGAUGUUUCUUUACAUCUUGUGUCUUGUGUAGGUAUUAACUAACCUUGGGGGUUGUCUCAGUUGGGGGGUCUUCACUUGUAUCUAUGUUUCUGAAAGCUUUUAAUGUGUUGUUUUGCUGGAACCGGUUACGUAUGGAUCUAUUCACAGCUCGUUUUUCUUGAUGGACGUAAAAAGGGUCAACUUCAUUGAGGCCACUGCUUGGCAUGUCAACAUAUCAUGUGACCCAUUAAGCCAUUAAGUAUAUUGGCACUUUGCUACUUUGUAUUGUGUUUCUUGACUUCCACUUGAAUCUUGUCCAUUUAUUGCCAUCAUUUAUCUGUUUUCCAGUAGAAACCUACGUAGUACAACAUAAACUCAAAAACUCUCUGUUGCCGUUGAGAUACUAAUACAUUGUGAAUGAAUUUGAAAUAUUUAGCACUUUAGGGAGUUCCUGUUGGAGAUUCUCUCUUUUAGCUUUGUAACACAUAUGUGUCUACCUGGCUGUCAAAGCAUUUCAUGUUUUGAAAGCCAUAAUGCUUUUCUAAAAAUGCAUUUGUUUCAUCACUCUUUAGAGUCUCUUUUCAGAAAUUCAUGAGCCAUGUUUCAUGUUUUUUAAGUGUUUGAAUGUUUGACGUCCAUCCAAUCUCUCCAUUUUCACGUAACAUCAAGUCAAGAUGCACCCCUUCUCCUCUGUUUUAGGUGUGUUAUAUUUAAUUUUAUUUAAAUGUUCAAGAGGUCCAACUUGGAGACAUGAAUUCCUAUCAGGGAUGUGAAAAUGUGCAACAUUGCCGUUGAGAUAUGUGAACAGAUUGUAUUAUCCUCCACCAGAGCGUCUACUCUGUGUUUGUUUAUGUGCCCAGCAAAAAGACAUGGAGCGCAUUAGUACUAUAUAAGAUGCAGCUAUCUUCUUUGAAUUUAAUGUGGAUCAUGGUGAUUGUUCAAAUAAGCACAAGCUUGGGAAGAGGAUUUGUUGUGGUGGUUGGUGCAUGCAAGGGAUAGUUCACCCAUAUAUGAAAAUCAAUAUUUAUUCAUCUCUAUGCCGUUCCAAACUGGUAUGACCUUCUGUGAUCGUUGGUGCUCAAAAAAACAUACAUUUGAAGCUGUUUUGCCUUGAGGAAUGAGAUUUGUGAGCUAUCACCACUUUUGGUCUACACGGCAUCUGAAAACUUGGAAUAUUGUGCACUUGCUUUUUUAAUGAUUUUGACAGGUUUAGGUCAUUGAAAGCUUUUGUUGUACAGGAAAGAGCAGUGAAAACAUUUUUCACAAUCGUUCCUGUUGUGUUUCACAGAAACAAAUUCUGAAUGGAGUGACAGGAUAUUUAUUGCUUAUGUGAGGGUGUUUUUUGGGCAGCUUAAAAUGGAAGUUAGGUCCAUAUUUCCUCGAGGGUUUAAGAAGGGAUUGGUUCGUUUUCACCCCCCCAAGUUACAUUAAAUCUCAUCUUGGAUCAGAUAAACUCGAGGCUCAGUUACUAGAGUUCAAAAUCAGCUAAAAUCCCAAGUUUUAAAACAAGCUGUGAUGACGAGAUGGCUUCAUAACAUCACUGCACGACAAUCUCAUCAUACAAGUUUUAAAAUUGAUCUUUUGGAAAAUAUGAAAGCUCUUACCUGUCAGAAAUCAUUAGUCGUGUGUCCAAACUAGAAGAUUUCUCCACAAACAGGCUAAUCAUCCGAGUGAAGAAGGAGUAGUGUACGCUGGUAAAUGAACUCGUUCGGGGUUUGAUAUUGACAGAAUGCUGCUACAUUUUGUCAAAACUGAUACUGAUUGGUUGUUUCCCUCAGCCUUGAUUCGUCAUUGUAGGACAUUGCUCUGAUAUCUCAUUAAAUCACAUCUUACUUUUUCAUAGACACAUGCAGGCUUUUAAAAAACCUUUUUAAGACUUAACAUCAAUGUACUCCUCUCUAAAAGCAGCUUUUGCAUUGAAAACAUUCUCAUGCAAACAUAAUGUGAGGUAGUUCUAUCUCAAAUCUUCAUAAACAUCUUUGCUUUGAGAAGACAUCAUUCUUGCCUUUGUUUUAAACGCUUUAUGUAAAAUUUGCAUAAUUACUGUUGUAAAUAGUAGACGGGCUGUUUUAAGUGUGCUGUUCCUUUGUGAGGUAGCAGUUUGUUAAAAGUGUGCUCUCUUUGUAGUAAAACAUAAUAUCUGAGCUGCCAGUGAGGCACACAUACAGUAUUUUUGUAAGGCUCAAUUUUGAAAUGUACUGUGUACAUUUGAAUCAUUUUAAAAGUGAUCUGUCCCUUCUGCAGUACUGUACUUCAUAUGUCAAUAUUGGGAGCGGUGGAAUGGUGGUUUUUGUCCCCAUCACUGUGUUACAAAAUGGAGAUUGUUAUGUUUGGUAUAAGUGAAAUUCAAAUAUUGCUGAUUUCUAAACGAUAAAAAAAAAAAAGACUGGUUUCGGAUGUGGGUGAAUCUCACACAGACUCAUUUUUUUGCCAUAUUUCACCAUAAAAUACAUUUAAUGAAAUAAAGUUAUAGAUCUCUGUAGCCUGUUAAAUCUAACAAUACAUCUUGUUCUUGAUAUUGUACAAUGAAAUUACAUAAAUGAUGAUUAAAUAAAGUAGAAUUUUACACACAUUGUUCAUAUUUGUUUGACUGAAUUUAAUCGACGCUUGCAAAACAUGAUUGGUUUUCAGUAUUUAUUUUAUUUCUUGGGGUGAAAUAUGACCUGGAUCUGUCUUUGUGAGGUACACAGGCUAAUGUUCUGGACCCUGGGUUCCAUGCGAAGCCAAAUUUAAGCAAACUCUGGAAUCCGAGUGGAAGAUCGUGUGUUUUACCUCAUGGUGUAGGACAUAGAUGCACACUACAUCUAACCUAAAGGACCAACUAAGAAGAAAACCUAUUUUCUCAAGCCGAGGCGGCAGAAUCAAUGUCUUUUGAUUGACUAAUCAUUUGUCCAUUCUUGUGUUGUUUGGUACUGACAGCUUACGUCAAAAUCAUACUGUAUGUAUUAUGAACAAAAAUACAUUUCUGCACAAAUCCAUCAUUAACUUUUUGUUGUUGUUUUUUUUAAUCAUAUUGUGCUUUUUGAUUAAAAGUACUCUGUGCCUUUGCAAGCCUUUCCUCUUACUUCUAAAGGACCUUUGUAAAUAAUGAAAUAGACGUUGGGAUUACUUGUUCUUAAUCCAGAAGUAAGUUUUUGUCUGGUCAAAUUGUCAUCAUUAACCAGUCUGUCGGUGUAGUCCCAAACACAUCUGAACAUUUAUAUCAUGACACUUCUGGACAGACUCCACUCACUUUUUUUGGUCAUUCUCAUCCACUGGGGGUUAAAGCCUCUCGAAAUGUUUAAGGUUGAAGAAGGUUAUUGAUCUCUGUUUGUUUGGUCAGCAGGUGUCAGAUUUUUGUUUUGAAGAGCGCUUAACCCGAUCACCAGCAGUUAUUUGUGCUUUUGUUUGAUGUGAUUAACGUCCAGUGCUUCUGAAGUUGAAGAACAGUGGUUCUCAACCGCUCGUUAAACUAGUGUCGGUAGAUUCAAAUAAGAAACCGUUUCAUUUGUUUCACAUUUUUCAAGAACUGUAUGUACCAACCAGUUACAAAUGGGAUACAUGUAAUUGGUCUUGGCCCGGGACACACGGGACCAAAUUUCAACAUUGCAGUUGGUAGUUGCAUUUCCCGCAGAGUGAAAAUAGGUGUGUGAAUUGGCACUUUGAACAUUUUAUUGACAUUUAUUAUAACUUGUUUGAAAUGGUCUAUGAGCCCCGUUGGAGGUUUGCUGUCGCCCCCUAGAGGCCCCUGGUUGGGAACCACUGUUACAGGGAUCAUUGUUCACUCAUGAGUGUGUAAGUACAUUCAGUAUCGUGAAGAAACGUGAACUAAUGACAUUUGACAGUAAUAAACGUAUUUUGCUUUAAUCAGUACAUUUGUAUACUCCUGCAGUUAUAUUUCUGUAAGAUGUGCUGCUAUAUGAAUAAAGGUAGAUAUGAA